AUGAAAAACGCGGCAAGCGGUUAUUCCAAUUAUCGACCGGAACAAUAUGAGCUCUUCAACGCCUUUCAAAAACAAACUCCGAAUACAAGCAUUAUAUUUUCCCCUGUCACAAGGCGCCCCAUACAAGCAACUCGCAUAUCCCGUCUCGUAAAUUCCCGUCUCGCGGGAGACAAGAGAUCGGCUAGGAAUUUUCCCAUCAUCCUUGGUGACAAGUUGGAGAUGUUAUGUUCUCAUUGACAUUUUGCUAGUCAGUUGAUUAUCAUAUCCAAGCGAGGUCAUUUGAGAAAAUAUUCCUGGACAGAAAAAAAAAAUGAUAACACUUCAAAUCAUUCCAACUAUUCUAUUCAUCGAAAUAUUUCUACAAAUUGCCCCAAAUGUUCACAGCCAGCCGGUGUCUAGCGUGGACUAUAUCAUCAGCGAUGUAUCGGAAAAGUCAUCUUGGACAACAGCUAACAAAACAUGCUAUGAGCGAGGCGAGCAAUUUGCUCGGUUUAAAUCUGUAGCUGACUUACAGCUCGUUCAGUCCAAGCUCCAGGAUUCGCAGAGCUACUGGAUAGGGCUAAGAUACAAGGGAGGCUCAUUUGUCUGGGCGAACGACGAGAAGAUUCCAAAAGCCCUGCUGGAGAAUCUGACUUCAAGCAAAGAAGCGGACCUCAUCAAUGAGGGAAAAGAUUGCUUCUGUUUGUCAGCCAGGAACCUCAGUCUAUGCCUUUCCUGUACCGUCGACAACCCGUUCAUUUGUCAAAAAAGAGAAAGUGAUCGGACACAAGCAGUAAACCAAGCAUGUACCACACUCGACGGAACAUACAGCUAUGAAAACAGCAGAGGGCCAAAUCAGAAGAAUUGGGACAAUUCAGUAUCUGCUUGUGCUACCAAACCUGGGUGUCUUGCACGACCUUUUGACGCGGCAAGCUUAUCGGCAAUCAAAAACGCCAUCAAGGGGAACCCACACGAUAACUACUGGUCUGGCAUUAAAUUUGAUCACCAAUCCGGCAAAUUUAAAUUUGGUGAUGGCACUAUGGUGGUAGAGACUGGCGCUUUCCUAGCAAUCGUUAACAAAAACGAGCAGUUGAUAAAUGGGUACUCUAAGAGAUGUCUGGCUAUAAAUCCGCGCUCCGACACGCUAAUUGCCGAGACAUGCACAAACAAGCUGAAAUUCGUGUGCCAGUUGGCAAGUUCAGACGGCAGCACGACGGCACCUCCGUUUACAGCGAGCAGCCCAACUCCAACAGACGGCAGCACGACGGCACCUCCGUUAACAGCGAGCAGCCCAACUCCAACAGAAAAUCCUAACAAGCCAAAUGGUAGACCAACACCAAAACCGCCCAACUCCAACAGACCAUCUGACCACAGACCGACUGAUCGGGGAAAACCAACCGACACACCGGGAAACAGCGCAAGAGUCCAAUCUUAUAAUGACAAAAUCAAAUCUCAAAAUCCAGUGGACCCUAAGUCACUUGAUGAUGUUGUGCAAAUGACGAUAGCCUUACAAACAAGCAUAAAAAACAACAAUGAAUAUAACAAUGGAGACAAAGGAAAGAAUACGGUGAUGCAGGCCGAGAAAGAAUUGGAGAAAUUCCUACUUGAAUAUGCCAAGGUGCACCUGACAGCUAAUAAGAGCAAGAUUACAAAGAAUAGCGAGGGCAUUGCGUUAUCUAUUGAACUUGUUCCCGCAAACAGUACGCGAGAUCUGGAAUUCCCGUCGGUUACGUCGCCUAGCAACAGCACGGUGUCUACACCUCGGUCCUCCUAUGUCGCGCUGCCUCCGAACAUCUUUUCUAAAAAAGAUGUCUAUGUCGUUACCAUGGUGAUGUCAGACGUGAGAAAGAUGUUGCCUUCAGAUGCGCAGGUCAUUGCUGAUAGCAAUGAAAACAAGCGAACAGAGCUCAACAGUGCUGUAGUAUCGUGUACGCUGGAUCCACACCCACAAGGAACUCUGGAGGAAAACAUUUCCAUCGUGCUGCACCACGAUCAGGCGACAAAAGACGGCAUGCCUGACUGUGUGUUCUGGGACGUACACGCAAAGACUGAGUAUAAUGGCACGUGGUCGACAUACGGCUGCUCAGUGGCCCAGUCCAACGCGUCCACGACAACGUGCACUUGCAACCACAUGACCAGCUUCGCCCUGCUCAUGCAAGUCAGCGACACAAAGGUCCAUCAGAAACACCGUCGUGCGCUUGCGUACAUCACAUACAUCGGAUGCUCUUUUUCCCUUGCCGGAGAAAUCUUAACAGUUGCCGCCUACAUCGCUUUCAUGAACAUCAAGCAAGAACAGUGUCAAAUCCGAGUAAACCUGAUGUUCGCGCUCGCCAUAGCGCAGAUCUUUUUCCUUUCCGGAAUAACAGCCACGGAUGUUAAGGGGGUGUGUAUCUUCGUUGCCAUAGUGAUACACUACAUGUACCUGGUAGCGUUUGGGUGGAUGAUGCUUGAAGGGGUGUACCUGUACCUUAUGGUCGUCAAGGUGUUUAACACAGACGUCAAGAUGAAGCUAUAUUACGCAUUCUCUUACGGUUUCCCUCUUUUGAUGGUUCUACUUUCGGUGGUCAUCGCGUCGACAAUGGAGGGAGGAAUAGAUAAUUACACUAACAACGAGUUUUGCUGGGUUUCGUUCUCUAAUGGUCUCGUGUGGACUUUCGUGUCUCCGGUUCUUUUGAUUUCACUGGUGAAUUUCAUCAUUCUUAUCCGGGUUGUUCGCGAGAUGACGCGACUGCAGAAUUCUAAGUCGUCAGAUACCAGUAACACAAGGCAAAGCGUCAAGGCGUGUGUUGUGCUGUUUCCGCUGCUAGGACUGACGUGGGUGUUCGGAGUCCUGGCGGUGACGGAUGCCGGGCUUGUCUUUCAGUACUUAUUCACUAUACUCAACUCACUACAGGGUCUGCUCAUUUUCGUUCUCCACGUUCUGAGGAGCUCAGAAAUCCGCCACGCGUUCGAGCGCAGGCGACGCCAAUGGCAGACAACUCGAGCAACGGACCUGUCUUCUAGCCGCUCCCACUCUGAUAACUCCGCCUCGUAUGCCACGCCCUACAAACCUCGACCGCUUAAAGAUCACGACUCCGACAGUUUGCAAGGGAAACGGAACCAGGUAGCGCCCAGUCCUACUCCGAUACGCGCAGACAGUGCCAGAACGAUCAUGACACCCAUUGAAUGCGCACGUGACAACUUUGCCACGGAUGCGCUCUGAGGACAAUUGACAGACAGCUUUAUUUAUUCAUUUUAAACAUAAUCACAAUCAACAGCACACACAACACAACACAACACAGGGAAUAGUUAACUUGUCUUAGCCGACUGUGUGGAGGACGUUCAGAAAAAUGUACGUAUUUGUGUUGAUCAUCAACACAAAGAGUAGUACUCUUAAAUAUAAGGAUGUUUUGGAUCAAUUCAGAAAAAUGAAGAUCAAAAUCAAGAUUUGAUUUCACACUCGGAAAGUUUCAUUUUUAUUAAUUUUGUAGCAAAUAAAUAUGUGAGGAUAACUGCCCAUUGAUUCAAGCUUUUGUAUCUUUGCGCAAUCGUCCACCAAAGAAGGGAGCUCACCAGUUUCCAAUAACAAAUAAAAUGUAUUGUUAAAAAAAUGCAUGAAAGGAUUUACAGUUUUUUUUCGCAUUUAAUGUGCACCAGUAUUAGUUUUUGUCUAAACAAAGCGCUAUAUGACUUGCCCAAUAAAAGAAAUUAAAGACAUUCAAAAUAUCAGUUCAUUGUAUGUCAUGACGAUUUUCACAGUGGAAUGAAGGACAUUUGUAAAUAGUUGAUCAUGUUCUUGUAAAUAUUGCCAUUAGUUGGCCAUCGGCAAUGUAUUAAGCACAACUAAAUAAGGCGCUUGAGGCGUAUUAUAGAACAAAGGGAAGUAAAAUAUCAUGCGUAAAAA